AUGGCAAGUGCUCUUCACGCCUUGAUCUUGGUGCCAUCUAGUACAGGAUUAACAAAUUACCGCGAGCUUAUUGUGUACAUCAGCGAAAAGGGUAUCUUACAAGUCAAUGAACGAUACAUUUUGACACGAACAUUUUCUCUCGUCAUUGGAAUCGCUUAUGGAAUGAACCAUCUGCUGUACCAACGUGAUUGGCUUUCUUUCACCGACGUUCAGCUGAGCGCUGUUGAUCAUAUUUUCAACAACUACAGGAAAGGUGUUAUUAAAAAGUCUGCACGAUUCGCAUACCGUCUUACACUCAUCUUUUGGUUCAGUUACAACAUACUUUUAAGUCGAUUUUUGGUGAACAUGGCUAUGCGAUUAGCUGCCGAAGAUAUCCUUUACCAUGCUCCACAAUACGGUCCCCGCUGGUAUAGUAUCGGUUUAGCAUUGCGCCUUUUCUUCACAGCUUUCUCUAUUGCAGCAUUCAUGGAAUCUGUACAUCUUUUGUGUGAUCAGUUCUUGUCAAAGAAAAUGAAUGUCACCGCAAGGUCCGUGGAUCCAAAUGCAUGCAUGGCAUCAGGGCUGAAAGUAGACGGGUCCAAUACGACACCGGAAUCGUUGCUAACUUACCAUGCCUUCCAGGAGUUGACAUAUUUAGCAGGACAUGUGCCUGGUCGCAGAGUAGAUAUUUUCAAAGAAGCAACGUGCGUACCAUCGAGCUGGAAACAAAUUUCAGGGCACUGUAUAGAACUUUUGAACAAGGCAGCCAAUCGCAUUGACGCAGCCUCUAAAGUCCCAACUUUCGCUGCAGCUGUUACACCAACAGACGAUUCACAUGCUCGACUCAACACAACUGUGCGACGGAGACUUCCACCAGAACAAGGAGGGGCAUUCGAGGCUGAUAUUUUCCGACCUGGCAAACGUCAGAAUUUCUUUGAUAGUCUCAAGGGUCCUAGUACGGAAGAAAUUCUGGCACAGACAAGGAUCGAGGCAGACAAAUCACUGGCAGAUCCAAAGUCGGGUAAAAGGCCUUACUUGGGAGGAUCGAGAGAUCGUCUAGAGCUGGUGGCUUUCCGUUGGGUCAGUAAAAAUCUCCGUGAGUUAGUGUUCAAGUAUCCAGAGCUGCAGAAGCAACUCAGCAACAUCCCUAAUCCAGCUAUUUUCCAUGCGACUGAGGACUUUCAAUUGACCGUUUGGUCUUUUCAGAGCUUGGCCAGGUUAGUAGUGGCUUCAUAUCACGAAGAUCAGUAUGGUGUUGUUCAGAAGGAUAUUCCCAAGAUUCUAGAGAGCAUGCUCGGUUUGCUCAUGUCCCUGGAAUAUUUCCUUACAUAUGAAGGUCGACUUGAGCGAUUUGUAACUACACCAUAUUCUGCCCAUGUUAAUGCUCAAACUGUUGUCAAUAGCCGCUCUCUGGCACUUGUUCAAGCUCUCAAGACAGCGAUUUACCAGAUCGUCAUUACAUUUCGAGAGCAACUCGGAGAGUUUGUACUGGCAAAUACAUAUGCAGACCGUCUGCGACACUUUGUAGAGUUUGACGACUAA